AAUCGAAUCGAUAGCUCGGACGGAAGGCAAAUCGACGAAAUCAAACGAACGGGUCAAAUCGAGUCAAAAUGCGAAAUCGACCAAUCAAUCCGGCGUGGAGGUUAAUCUGCCGGCGAUAUCAACUCGGGGCAGCGGCCGGAUGCGGCGACGGUGACGGACGCCGGCGACAGUGGCGGAGCGGCAGCUCGACGGCGAUGAGCAGCGACUGGCGGUGCUGCAAUCGACGGAAGCAGCGGCGGCGCUGGAGGCUUGGCGUUGCUGGGCAGCGACUGGCUUCCGGCGACGGUAAGGUCGCAAUUGGCUGGUGCGGCGAGGCUGGGGAAGGCGACGGCGGCUCCAAUUGGACGGCAACGAGGGGCGGCGGAGGUUUCGGGGCGUUACACCUAGUCCUCAACGAGCUCGGCAUCACCGAACUCAUCUGCCAUCCCACGGGCCACCCCACCGUCCACUCCUCGACCCCCGAGAGCCACCUCCUUCUCUACAUCGUGUCCUGGAUCAUCAAGCCCCAGAAGUACGGGCACACGAUCAUGUCCGGCGAGGAUCUCAAGCUCCUCCACGCCAUCUCGCACUCGGCACCGAUCAAUUGGGCGAAGUUUGUCAUGAUUUACAUGACAGACGCCACGUCUACCACCCACAAUCACCUGCUCCCGUACCCCUUAUUGGUGAUGGACAUCACCAUUGGCCCCCACACCAAGGACACGAAGAUUUGGAUGAUCAGCGCCCAAACCUUCACGAAGCGGUCGGACAACGCCGCACCUACCAGUGCUGCACGACGCUGCACUGCCGAUGGCCUAGCCGAACCCCAGGCCCGGGCCAACCUUGCCUCCAUCUCCGACUCCCUUAACCGGCUGAACUUCAAAGUCGACGGGAUGGGCGGGUACCUUGAACGGCUCGACGAGGCUGUUCAACGCCAAGGCGGCGCACCGACGAUCCACUCGGCCCCGCUAGAGAAGCGCCUUCUUCUCUACAUCCUCACCAGGAAACUUCGCCCCCGGGACGGCAGCCACACCUCGCUCUUCAACGAGGACUUGAAGGCGAUUCCUGCCAUCAUGCACGGCGCCUCCAUCAACUGGGCAAAGUUCGUCAUGAUCCACAUGGCUGAUUGCGCCUCCCUCGCCACCGAGCGGAGCUUGCCGUAUGCCUUCCUCGUCAUGGAUCUCAUCGUGUCCGCCGACAUCCACAUCGCCGGACCGAGCACCAAGAUGACGAAGCUUUGGGUCAUCGCCGACAACACCUUCCAGAAGAAGUCCAAAAUUCGGGAUGACGCAAGACCGAGUCGUGCCCCAGCCCCCGCUCCCACCCGGGCUUCUUUGCAAUUUAUCGCCGACACCCUAAAUCGGCUAACCCUCACAGUGGACGGCAUGGGGCAAUACAUGGAGCAGAUGGACUGGACGUUGCAACGCCAACAUCUUGACAUGACAGCGUUCUUCCGUGGCAUCAACUACAUCCCACCGCCAUUUGACAGCACCAUCCUCGGCCAAAACUUCGAAGGCGGGGAUGAAGACGACGACUCCUAUGCUCCGUCCUCCUCUCCCGCCGAGGAAGACUUUGAAGAUGUGGUCGACGGUGAUCCCAUGGACGUCAAAGAGGAUGACGACGAGGAUGCUGACUCCUAGACUCUUCUUUUUUUCUUCCUUUUAAUAUGAUUGUAUUUCUCAAUUUCUCUUCCGUUGUAUUCCGCAUUUCCCUUUUAAUGAAUAAAAAUUUAUUUU